AUGCUUGUUUUGCUCAUACUUGCCAUGCUAGGGAUGGCUGAAGCACGAGCAUCUGCAGUUGUGAGAAGCUUAGAUGGGAGCACCACCCAGCCUCUGAACCGCCUGAUGAUCGGUCGGUUGGACGCAGGCAUGGGUUCUUCAAAUUUGACUCUCAGCUGUGCCAAUAGAUGCGGUCACUUGACCUUCAGCUACCCAUUCGGCAUAGGAGCUGGUUGCUUCAGGAAUCCUGAAUUCAGUCUCAUUUGCAACCACACGACCAAUCCCCCUAAACUCUUCUUGCACGAUGGUAGUAGUACAAGUACAACCCAGGUUGUGGGCGAUAUUUACCCCAAUGGCAUGUCAGUGAACUUGUGGGGCAAGCACUUGCAGUUCAGCUCUUUUUUUGUCAACUUCUCCAAAACCAUCCCCAUGAAAUCUGGUCUCGAUGCCUACAACAUGUCAUGGACUCCAGGGAAAACUUUUAGCCUUCUCAGGACAAUGUCCCUUUCUGUCAUUGCUUGCAACUUGGAUGUGUACUUGGUGCGUAAAGACCUUGGUAACCGUGAGUUGGUUUGCAAGGUAUCCUGCCCCAGCAUAGAUAUUGCGGAGCAAGUUUAUAGGCAGGACCGACAUGGCCCUGGGUCGUGUUCUUAUACAUAUUCUGCAUUAACAGUUCACACACUCGAGUUUCAAUUUGUUCCCCACAAGACAGGUAAGAUAAAAACACAAUCUAGACUCAACAUCUUGUGGGAUACAAUCGACAUAAUUAUUAAUAUCUUAAUCAUAUGGAGUAUCCUCGACCAAACGAGCUGCUCCAGGAGCAUGGAUGAUAGCAACUAUGCAUGUGUCAGCCACCACAGCGAAUGCACGGUUCCUCUUGUCGAUGAAGGUUAUAUCUGCAGGUGCAUCAGUGGUUAUGAAGGCAAUCCAUAUAUCUCCGGUGGCUGCUCAGCUGUCCAUGAGUAUGAUUCAAGACCACUUAAGGCGAAUUGUUCUCGACGGUGUGGAGAUAUAAGUGUCCCAUUUCCUUUUGGCAUAGAAGAAGGUUGUUCUGCGAGGAAAACUUUUAAGCUCAACUGCUCAGACACUACACCGCCCGUUCUCUGGCAUAAUAAUGGCUUCGUUGAAGUAACAUACAUAAAUGUCAAUGAGGGGCUCCUGGGAAUCAAAUAUGAGUCGAGUGUUGGAGACGAGUCAUUUAACAUUAUGCUACAAUCUUCAGAAGCUGAUGAACCGAACCUGUAUGUCAAUCCUCUGGAAUCAGCCUCUGUGCAGUGGGCUGUCGCUAAUCUUACAUGCCAAGAGGCGGAAAAAAACACCUCUGGAUAUGCGUGUGUUAGUGUCCAUAGCUUCUGCCUGGGUGUCAUCAGCUCCAUGGAGGGUUAUGUUGGAUACAGGUGUGCAUGCUUGCGCGGUUUUGAAGGAAAUCCAUACAUCCCAGAUGGUUGUGAAGAUAUUGAUGAGUGCAAACGGACACCAGAACUUUGCAAAGGGAAUUGCCAGAACACUAUUGGAAACUACACCUGCACCAAGUGCCCUGAUCAUACAGAGUAUGAUAUAACAAAAAUGCAGUGCACUCCAGUAAGAAAGCAAAAUUUCUACUUAGGUAUUGUGAUUGGGUUAAGCAGUGGCCUUGGCAUGCUACUUUUCGGCUUAACUACGAUAAUUCUCGUUCAAAGAUGGAAAAGAGAUGUCCAGAAGAAACUAAGAAGGAAGUAUUUCCGAAGGAACAAUGGCCUUCUCUUGGAACAAUUGAUAUCAGGGGAUGAAAAUGCGAGCGAGAGGACAAAGAUUUUCUCCUUGGAAGAGCUUAAAAGGGCAACAAAUAACUUUGAUCCUGCACGUAUCCUUGGACGUGGAGGGCAUGGCACAGUCUACAAAGGGAUCUUAUCAAACCAGCAUGUGGUAGCCAUAAAAAAAUCCCAGAUAAUCAGGGAAGGUGAGAUCAGCGAUUUUAUCAACGAGGUUGCAAUUCUCUCUCAGAUAAAUCACCGGAAUAUCGUGAAACUUUUUGGUGCUGUCUUGAAACUGAGGUCCCCUUACUAG